UUUCCUUCUACUGAAGAGAGCAAAAAUGAUGGGCUCAGUCAAGAGUCCCUUAUUUUUACCUGUUUGUGGUCAGGAACACUGAAGGGUCUUAUUAUUAUUUCUUUUGGUCUUUUCAUUUAUUUCCUCAUCCUUCUCUGCUCCUCCCCCCUCGUUUCACUCGACACCUGUCACUGCCUUUGGUGGAUGAGAUAAGCAGAGAACUCUGUCACUGUAAGGGGAAGAGGAGCAGAAUAUGCGUGCAAGAAGAGGGACAGAGCAAGAAGAAUCAAGUCUCUGCUGGGCAGGUGUGGGAGAAUUACUUUUCUGCGGGUCGCUUUCUGAAGUGCUGUAGGUGGGAUUUCCUCACUGUUCUGAAGAUAGUUGGGAGCAAGUUUCUCUCUUCGCUUUUGGAGUAGUCAUGCUGCAGCAAAUUUUGCGUGAUAUGUAUAUUGACCCUGAGCUCCUGGCAGAGCUGAACGAAGAGCAAAAGCAAAUCUUGUUCUACAAGAUGAGAGAAGAGCAGCUGAGGCGCUGGAAGGAGAGGGAAGAAAAAGCACAAAUGGAGGAGGCUAUGCUGACAAAAACAGCAAGGCGCAAACAAAGUGAUGGCAAACAUGUGCAGUGGCUGCGUGGGAAGGAUGGUGAGGUCUGGGUCUGGGUUAUGGGAGAAGCCCCAGGUGACAAGCCGUAUGAACAGAUAUCAGAGGAGCUAAUAGCUGAACGUGCCAGGCAACAAGCACAGAAGGAAGCAGAAGAGCUAUGGAGACAAAAAGAAGCUGAAAUUACAAAGAAAUUCCGGGAUGCUAUGGCUCAAGAAAAAGCCAGAAUAGUAGCAGAAAAAUGGAAAAUAGAAACAGAAGAUCGAAAAGCAGCAAAACUGGAGGAGGAAAAAAUUCAGGAGGAAUUGAAGAAAAGAGAAGAAGAGGAAAGACAAAAGGGUGAAGAACAAAUAAGGCAGCAGGAGGAAAUCCGAGCAAAAGAGCUGUAUUUGAGCCUCAAGCAAGCUCAGCAGCACAGUCAACACAGUGAUGAUGACCAGGAGUGGGAGGAACAGUUGCGCCGCUCCAAAGCUGCGGAUGAGGAAAGGAGCCACAAAGCACGCCGAGCGCGGGAUGAGUACCGGCGGCAAUCCUUGCGGGCCAUCCAGAAGGGCAGAGUGGCUGAUCUGAGUAAUUUGUUCCAGGGGACAGGCCUGAAUAAUUAUCAGGAGACAAAACUGAACAGCAACAGUGUGAGUCCUUUGCCGUCUCACUCUGUGGCAUCCAGUAAAAUCUGGGAACGUCCUUCUAGACCCUUUUCAAGAGAAGUCAUCAUUCGCUGGUUCAAAGAAGAGCAGGUCCCUCGACGUGCUGGGUUUGAGAGGAACACCAACAGGAUUGCUCAAUGGUUUCACGGUAUUAUUAGCCGCCAGGAGGCAGAAGAGCUGCUGAUGAAUAAAUCUGAAGGAACGUUCCUGGUGCGAGUCAGUGAGAAAAUCUGGGGCUAUGCAUUGUCUUACCGCCAGCAAAGUGGGUUCAAACACUUCUUGGUUGAUGCUUCGGGGGAUUUCUACAGCUUCUUGGGGGUAGAUCCAAAUCGACAUGCAACACUGACAGAUCUUAUUGAUUUUCAUAAGGAGGAAAUCAUCACAUCCUCAGGUGGGGAGCUGCUACUGGAGCCAUGUGGACAGCAGAAGAAUCCACCAGACUACAGCCCUUUAUUUGAGUAACCAGGACUCAUAGGAAUGUGUUCUUGAUAGCUGCAGUAAUAACAGCCACAAAAGUAAAUGCUGAAAAGUAAUUAACAGACUUUCUAAGCCACUGGUCUUAUGGCCAAAGAGUAUCCUCAUUAGAAGACCCCAAAUAUUUCUGUUUCACUUGUGAUUUACCAGCAUUAUUUGUUGGGGAACGCCCCAAGUUUCCCCAAAAGGGUUGCCCUCCGGUUCACGCGUGGGGAAAGCAGUACCAACUCAAUAUGAGUAGCUUCCAACUUUAUUGUAGCAACAUACCAUCUUAUAUAGCAUACUUGCUUCCAGGGAUACAAGGUCCAGGGAUACAAGCUCUAUGCAACGCGCACGCUAACAAUUAUUCAUAUUGCUAGCAUUUUAAAGGUGAAAAAUUACUGACAGAUUGCAAAUGAGGACUAUUUCCAGAAAUUUUUAAAAGGUUGUGGCCAAUUGUACUGAAAGCUAAGUUGCUGUCUUAAUUUUCUUGAUGUUUAAGAUUGAAAAUGCAAAAUCACAUACUUUUAACAGAUUGAAGUAUGGAUGGAAACUAUUCAUUGACCAUUGUAUGAAGUACCAAUAUUGCUGAACAAGCUCUUUUUUCCGAAGCAAAAUUUGUCAGUUUCUAUUGACAAUCUCUUCACUCAGUUGUGCACUUCUGAAAACAAGAGAUGCAGUCUUAAAAUGUGCUUUUUCAGUUUGUGAUUGCUCAAAUGUUCAGAUAUAGCUGGAGUCUUGCUAUCAUGCUUUCCAAUACAGACUGACAAAGUUCACUGCAGCAGAGACAGAAAGUCAUUCUCAUUCUAUUUACAAUUUCAUGCAGUUGAGCUGCCUUGGAAGGAAUUCUCCUCAUAUACAGAAAAUGGUCAAUUUAGAAUAAACUUGUUAUUCUAGUAACCACUGUUUGAUUUGUAGCAACAACCACAACUUAUACUGACCUUGUCAUGUUUAGUUUAUUUUUCUGAUGCACAAGAUACAUGCUGGAGAUUCCUACUUCUACUUUGCCACAGAAGUAGAUAUAUUCCUUUGCUGAGCUAUAAGUGAUUACUGUAACACCUCAUAACAAAACAAUUCAGGAAAUGCAGUAAAUAAGCAAUGCUUAUUCGCUGGAGCUGUUCUUGGUGUACAGUUCUCAGAUAAGAAAACUGGGCUUUUUGUAGUAACUGGAUUUUCAGAGAUAGGACAUUUUUUAGCUGUGGCUGAUAUCUUGAGGUACAAAGUGACUUGGAAGCUAGAUAAAGGGCCAAGAUACCUGAAGUGUCUUGGAAUUUUUUUAAAGCGUGCUCCUCUGCAGAUCACCAGGGUCUGGAUCCUCAAAAUGGAAUAUAGCUCUGCAAUUCUGAAUGUAGACUAAAUUAACUCCUCUAGUACGAUCUAUGAUCUGUUAAAUGAGAAGCCUGGUAUGUCUGAUCUUGGACCACAGUGCACCUGUGGCCAUUAACCCAGCUACCAGAGCAUGGAGCUCAGCACAGUGGUGAUUCACUGUGCAUUUCAGUAAGUUGCCUUCCCGUCUGCCAUCAGUAGAACACUCAGCAAGAGCCUUCUACCCCCUCCAAAAGUCUCCGCUAUCUACUAGCUGCUUUCUCAGAGAAACUAGAUCUCCUCUUGCUCCCUAUAUACAGGCAUCUCAAGAACCACUUCAGUCUCAGGUUAUUCACAUCUGCAUGUUUCGUCACAGAGGAACUGGACUCCUAUUUUACAGGAUGAGGGAAAGAGACCUUUUAAAGUUAAGAAGUGUAAGUAUCCAUACUUACCUCUGAGGCCAGACAGCAAGUGACUGUAGGACUGAUGGUCCAAAGACAGUGCUGAGUAACUGAGGUGGUAUUCAGCAGCCAGACAUCUUUGCAGACUGGUAUUUUGCCUUCAUGAACUAUUGGAAAAAAAAAAAAAAA